GUUUGCACGACGAAGGAAAUAUAGAGCAGAACGACUACAGCAAAGGACGCAUUCAAAACGAUCACGUGAUCACGGUUUGAAUCUAUAGUUUUCUGGACGUGAUUCAGUCGCGUGACAGGUUAAAUGAUACACCUUUAGUUGAAAUAUAGUAAACAAUUUCGUCAAUAUGCAUGAAUAAAAAUGUAACGUUGAUUUAAACUAAAUCAGUUAUGAGAAAACUGUGGACAUUAUGUGGCCAUACCUGUGGCAGCACAGCCGACUAUUCAAAUUAUGAAGCCCUCCUAGUGAUGCCAAGGCCAACUGUUGAACGUCUGUCGCCGUACAUGUGUUAGCACAGCGGACUGUUGAACACAAUUUUUUUGUGUGUGGAAUAGACAGCCGACAACCCAAAUUUCACUGGUCUGCCAUGGCUAGCUUUGAAAUCAGCAGUGACAGGUCGGUGGUGACCACACAAAGUCGGUGCUCAUGUACCGCGGGUGUCGGACACAUCUUGUCCAAAUAUGCUGACGUCUGCUCCCUGAACGGUGUUGUCUUCAUCAAGAGCUCCAAGACCUGGACCAUGAAACUCAUCUGGGCAUGUCUACUGGUCACCGCCAUCGGCUUUAUGGGUUUCCAUUUGUACAGGUAAAAGAACUUUGAAACGUUUUCAAAAAGGGAGAAAAACCGGUUCGUUAAAAAAAUCAAGAACUCAACUAAUCGAACAAUUCAUGGAUACAUUUUUAUUAAGUACCAGGUAUCUCCCCGUGGUGCCUAAGGCGCCCUAACUCGGCACAAUGAAUGGCACACUUUUAGUCGUAGUUUAUUUUAGUUAAACUGAAGAAGUAAGUUUACAAACAUAUAGUCCAUUCCAUUAUCUUUCAUUUGAUACCUAAUUUUGUCUUACAAACCCAAUAAUAAUAUUUUAAACUAGAUAGAGCCCGCCAAACAUUGGCUGCGUCAACUUCCAAUCUACUAUAAUUACUUGACAAAACAUGAACUCAAGUAACGCACAUUUAAGAAUCCCAAUAUUUGCUACACCCCUUCCCCCCAUGAUACGUCACUGCACACUUUUUUAUUUCCCGUCCAUGAACUAUAUUAAGAUUCUCUUUUAAACCGAAUAUUUUUUUCUCAAUGCUGAAAUGGGAGUCGCUUAGUCGAUUGAUUUGUCACGUGAUGAGAGUAAAAACGAGUAAGACUUCCGGUAGGUUGUAUACAAUACACUAGUGCUUGACAACAGUAGCCAGAUAAACACUAUAACUAGUAAUUCAAGAUGCCUAGGCAAUUUUCGGCUUUUGGCUGUUCAAACAGUCAAGUUGAGGACAGCGGUAUAAGUCUGCAUAAGUUUCCACUUAAGGAUAAAGACAAUUUAAGACGAUGGCUUGACAAAGUGGACCUUCGUUAAUUAUUCACAUGAAAUCUUGUUCCAACCGGUUAUUAAAAUAUUCCUUCGCCGCACCGAUAUUGAAUAAAAACGCAAAUGACGUCAUGGGUAUGCCGACAUUUCGUCCAAUGAAAAUUAACAAUAAAAUAAACAAAGGGGAAUGACUCCUGCAGCAAUAUUGAAUAAACACGCAAAAUGACGUCAUGAGCACGCACGGAGCUCAACAACAGCCUGCCGAUAAUAGUAUUGAUAAUUCCCAUCGAAUAUCGCUCACAAAUUUUUCUUGAAAUAACUUUCUUCCUUUAAUCAUAACUGACGUAUAUUUAUUGUCACAUCUAUGGAUUUCAUUUAAAAAACGCGUGUAUUCCAGAAUAUGUUGAAAGGUAAAAAUUUUAAGUAACAUGACAUGGGGAAGCACUGAUGAAGUAUCUUUUGUUGUGUGUAGCAGCCUAGUGAUGGCUUACUCUCAUCACAUGACCAAACAAGGAAGUGACUAAGCGACUCCCAUUGAUACGAUUUCAUUUCCGAAAAGAAAAUAGUACGCACCAAAUGCAAUUUCGUUAUUUUAAAAAAAAAAUAUACAUGAUUUAGCGUUGUUAUCGGGAAUUAUAUUUUGCGCACUAGUGAACUCAUUAUAUAACCACACUCUGGCGUAUCUAUACAUAGCCUGCGUGGUGGUGGUGUUUGACCUUUGCUGGCGAAUUAUAUAUAUAAAUAGUUUUUUUUUAAUCCCAACCUAUCACUUCUGGUACCCGGGUUCGAAUAGUCGCAUUCUUAUUUUUAAUUCAUUGAGUUAAAGCAAAACUGUGAUAUUGUUUACAUUCAUUUGGGCCAUUAACAUUAGUUUUGAUUUUAUUUCGCAAUUAGAAAGUGUUUAAAGUAUGUUCUUAUAAGAUUGUUCGACUAUUUAAAGACUCGAAUGCUAAACGAUAUCUCAUCUCCCUCUCCAGUCUUUUCGCGACAUACUUUGAAUAUAAGAAACAUACCCAGAUUGAUUUAACCUUCAGCAACCUCCAGUUUCCGGCAGUGACCAUCUGCAAUGCCAACCCGAUCAGGAAGUCCAAGGUAGAAAUUUAAGGACAAACAGAAUCCAAAAUUGUUAACUAGCUGUUGAGAGAUUUGAUUUUUUUUUUUUAAAUUGGCCAAAGAAUUGUCUGAAAGUGUAUGCAGAACUGUCUGACAGUAGCCAUAGAACUGUCUGACAGUAGCCAAAGAACUGUCUGAAAGUAGCCAUAGAACUGUCUGAAGUAGCCAUAGUAGUGUCUAAAAGUCGCCAUAUAACGGUCUGAAAUUCACCAUAUAGAACAGUCUAAAAGUAGCUAUAGAACUAUGUAAAAGAAUCUAUAGAACUGUCUAAAAGUAGCGUUAGAACUGUCUGAAAGUAGCCAUAAACUGUCUGAAAAUAUCUAUAGAAUUGUCUGAAAGUAGCCAUAUAACUGUCUGAAAGUAGCCAUAGAAAUGUUUGAAAUUAGCCAUAGAACCCUCUGAAAGUAGAUAUAAAACUGUCUGAAAGUAGCUAUAGAUGUCUGAAAGUAACCAAAGAACUAUCUGAAAGUAGCUAUAGAACUGUCUGAAAGUAGCCAUAGAACAGUCUGGAAGUAGCCAUAGAACUGUCUGAAAGUAGCAAUAUAACUAUCUGAAACUAGCUAUAGAACUUUAUAAAAAUAGCUAUAGAACUGUGAAAGUAGCUAUAGAACUGUCUGGAAAAGGCUACAUACAUGUAUAAUGUAACUAUAGAUCCGCCUGAAAGUAGCUAUUGAACUGUCUGAAAAUAAGUAUAGAAUUUUAUAAAUGUAGCUAUAGAACUGUCUGAAAGCAGCUAUAGAUCAGUGAAAGUAGCUAUAGAGCAGUCUGAAAGUAGCUAUAGAACUGUAUUUUUGUAGCUAUAGGUCUGUUUUGAAGUAGCUAUAGGACUGUGAAAGUAUUAUAAAACUGUCUGAAAAUAGCUAUAGAACUGUCUGAAAAAAUAGAGAUUUAACUGUAUGAUUGUAGCUAUACUUCUUUCUCAACGUAGCGAUAGAACUAAUGGAAAAUAGCUAUUGAUCUGUCUGAAAGUGGCACAAAAAACUGUAUGACUUUAACUUUGAAAAAUAAAUCCAAUGAAAAGAAUACACAAUGUGGUCAUUUAAAAUGUCAACUGCAGACAGAAGCUCUUCUUGUUCUGUUAGAUCAACAUUCUUUAUGAAAUAUUUCUUUACUUUAACAACAUUGUAUAAAUGAAUACUAUCAACACAGAAAUCACUGGCCAGCACCGACCUCAACACCGUCAUAGAUGCCAUAGAUCCUGACAGACUGAUGGGCCUUGUGGAUGAAUGGGUCCCAAACUACGCCCCGAUACCACCAGGGAAUUAGUAGGUCAUAAGCUGAUUGGACCGGGGCUAGUGUGUAAGAAUAAAUAUAUCCGAGAAUAUGUCACAUGGAGCUGGCAUUAAGUGUCACAACAACAUAAAUAUACACAAUAUUAUUGCGAGACCCGAGGCCUGCAUCAAAUCUGAUGGCCUUAUUUGCACACACCGAUACACACACCCACACACCCACACACCCACACACGACCAUACGGACACGCACAAACUCACCAGGGAUUCUCAAAGCUUUGGAAGCCCCGCCCUUUAAAUAUACUGCUAGAUCUCUUAACCAUCCUGGUGCAAACUAUAUAGUAGGAUUUGGAUCACUGAAUAUGUGUUUAUAUACAUCUCUGUGCACAAAAUAGAACCGUAUUAUCUCACACUUAAGGGUACAGGUGCCAUAGUUUAAGAAUCAUUCAUAGACACCAUACCCUGUUGUGAGAAUGGGGAACGUUAUGUCCUUCUUGCUUAUCAAUAACAUUGUGACAGUCCAUCGAUCAGUUAAACGUUCAAAACCAACACUGCUAAACUUACAACACCAUAAAGAAAGAUUCACUAUAGUCAACAACCGGGGGGGGGGGGGAGGAACAUUACAUAAGAUAAUAUCUAAACAAAUAUUAUCAUACAUAUAUAUAAUUUAUAUAUUUUUAGCCCGCCCCCCCCCCUUUCCCCCCACUCACAUUUCAUAUUGAUUAUGACAUGUUUUUUUGUUUCUACCUAUUUCUUGUAACCUAGCAACGGCGCACCCAUGUUUGAAGAUCCACAACGAGUCAACAAUUUUUUCGAUGACGUCGGUCUAAAUUUAAAUAUUUCCUUUCCAUGGGAAGACGACUCUGAUGUUAUGGAAGAUUUUCAGGUUGGAACCGCUACAGAAUCAAUAUAAGCUAGGGCCUGUACCCGGCCUUGGGCCUGAACGAAGCUCAAGCCUAAACCCAGCUCCGGCCCGAACCCAGGUCCAGGCCCGAACCCAGCGUCGGCCCUGAACCCAUCCCCGGGCCUAAACCCGGCCCCUGGCCUAAACCCAGCCUGGGCCUGUACCCGGCCCCGACACAACCAAUGGUGCCCCUCAUUUUCCGGAGGUUUUGUGCGCAGAGAACUCAGUGUGUGCACCAUAUUAGAGAUGGUGCACAUUUUUAUGCGCAGUGUGCAACAUAUUAGAGAUGGUGCACAUUAUUAUGCGCAUUGUGCACCAUAUUAGAGAUGUGCCCAUUUUUAUGCGCAGUGUGCACCAUAUUAGAGAUGUGCACAUUUUAUGCACAGUGUGCACCAUAUUUGAGAUGGUGCACAUUUUUAUGCACAGUGUGCAACAUAUUAGAGAUGGUGCACAUUAUUAUGCGCAGUGUGCACAAUAUUAGAGAUGUGCACAUUUUAUGCACAGUGUGCACCACAUUUGAGAUGGUGCACAUUUUUAUGCGCAGUGUGCACCAUAUUAGAGAUAUAGAGAUAUAAACAAAAAUAGUUUAUUUCCAGUUUGGGGGACCAACCACCGCCCCCCCCCCCUCUUUCUACACCCCUGGAAUGAUUUACUUCCCACCAGAACAUCUUAAAUGAAAGAAGCCUCAAACACGUGUCUUCACAGAGUGUAUUGAGAAAAGUGUUUAGGGAUGUAUUUAGCUUACGUUGUGAUUGUGCUUUCUUUCAGGGCCAGAAGUUUAAGAGAGAUGUUGAACAGAGCCCCACCACCACAACUGCCAACCCCGGCCCCACAACCUCCAUCACCAGAUCCAACACCACCAGUCUAUACAGGACAGAACAACUCUUCAAAUCUCUCUAUAAUGCCGAAGACAGGUAAAAGCCAUUUCACUGCAGUAAAAUAGUCCUGACAGGUGGGACAUUUCUCAUCGGUCAAAUGGUCCUUGGCUGUGGGACAUUUCACAUUUGUGAAAUAGUCUAGUCAUUACCGGGUGGCAGGGAACAUUUGUGAAAUAGUCCUUACAGGAUGGCAGGGAAGAUUUGUGAAAUAGUCUAGUCCUUACAGAGUGGCAGGGAACAUUUGUGAAAUAGUCCUUACAGGAUGCAGGGAACAUUUGCGAAAUAGUCCUUACCGGGUGGCAGGGAACAUUUGUGAAAUAGUCCUUACCGGGUGUCAGGGAACAUUUGUGAAAUAGUCCUUACCGGGUGGCAGGGAACAUUUGUGAAAUAGUCCUUACCGGGUGUCAGGGAACAUUUGUGAAAUAGUCCUUACCGGGUGUCAGGGAACAUUUGUGAAAUAGUCCUUAUCGGGUGUCAGGGAACAUUUGUGAAAUAGUCCUUACCGGGUGUCAGGGAACAUUUCAGUGAUCCUAAGUUGACAAUAUUUAAGUUUAAUCAUAUUCACUGAUGACUUUUAAGAUUAAUAGCAGAUCUUGAAAGGAAAAUAAAGGCGAUGGAGAUGAGAUGCUUCAGAAGCAUUUUUGGCAUCCGCUAUAGAGACAGUAUCUCCAAUGAUACAGUGAAAAAAGGGUUCGUCAGGCAAUUUGGGCAGUACGAUGACCUCCUGGUGACUAUAAAAAAGCGCAAACUACAAUGGUACGGCCACGUAACAAGGAAACAAGGUCUUAUCAAAGAAAUAUUGCAGGGCACCACAAGAGGAGGGAGAAGAAGAGGAAGGCAAAGAAAAAGAUGGGAAGGUAACAUCAAAGAGUGCACAGGACUAACACUGGGCGAUGCAGUGCAUAGCGGAGAAGACAGAGACGAAUGGAGGAGGAUAGUACACAUGUCAUCUGUGGCGCCCCAACUUCCAAGGACUAAAAGCACACGAUGAAGAUGAUGAUGAUGAUGAUGAUUUUUGGAAAUGUACAGAAAUCUUGAAUUUAUUUUUUUUAUACGUACUAAAUACUAUGUCCAACAGCAUUAAUGUGUUCCUUAUCCACACUGACCACUGGUCAGUCGAUUCCAUGAUUAAUGUCAGGAUUUGUUGCAGUUGGACUCGUGAAGUCAUGGGGCACAAAAUACAGGACUUGCUCAUUCAGUGUUCGUUUGCUGGCCGUGCGUGCAUACAGAGGUUCGUCCUGUGAAUGUGUGGCUAGAAACAUUAUGAUGACGUUAUGUUGAAUCUUAGAUGGAAUUAAACCCCAUGUAAUAUAAUAUUUAAAAAUAAACAUAACUAAUCAUAAAGUAUACAUCCUGUAGCCAGUGACUCCAUACUGACCCAAUCAUAUAACAUACAUUCUGUAGCCAGUGACUUCACACUAACUCAAUCAUAUAACAUAUAUACUGUAACCAGUGACUCCAUACUGACACAAUCAUACAACCUAGCAUCUGUAGCCAGUGACUCCAUACUGACUCAAUCAUAUAACAUACAAUCUCCUAACAGUGACUUCAAAUUGACCCAAUCAUCAACAUACGGGAACUGCUACACUAUCCAAUACUCGCAGUAUGUUAGUCGACGCAGUGGGCCUUCGGACGGUGAGUUGUAUUGUAAAAUAUAUUGUUCAUAGCAUAUAUAUUACAUAACAUAUACAAUAAAUAUAUCACAACAAAAUAUAUAUAUCACAACACUACAGACAACAUAUAUAUAUCACAUAGCAUAUAUAAGAUAAAAUACAUCUAGGACGCAACAAAAGUAGGAGGUAACAAAUAUUGCACGUAACAAAUCUAGGUCGUAUCAAAGCUAGAAUUUAAAACAAAACACUGCAAAAUUUGACAACACUACUACACAGAUGGCAAACAAUGUUCAGAUGGUAAACAAUGUUCAGAUGGCAAACAAUGUUCGACACGUACUUGGUCACGUGGUUUAAACGCAAAUACGGGUAUUUCAAAAAAAGUAUAAGUUAAAGUAGAGCAAUUAAAGUUAAUGGAUAUAAAAACUUGUUAAUUAUUGUAUUUUAUGCUUAAGGGAUAUUUAAAAUAUUCAUUUAUCCAAGGAUAUUUGUACAGACUCAUCUAAAUUAAAGUAAAGCUUUUAUUUGUUUUGUAGGUAAGGAUAAGGCGGAGCCCAUUCAGGUUUUCAUUUCUGAGAGGAGGGGUGAGGGGGGAGGGUAAAAACCAAAACGUGGCCGGCUUGAUAAGGUGUUUAUACCUGGAGGAACCACAGUACAUAGCAAUUGAAAUAAAACCUGAAUUUUCAGGGUGGGGGGGGGGCAAUGCCCCACCUUGAAAUACCCAAAAUGACGCCCCUGGUAAGGAUAUGAUCUUAUUUAUAAUUACAAGACCGUUACUUUGUAGGUCUGGAAGUUAUCUUGUUUUAUGUUACUAUACCCUAUAUUUUGGUAGGUCUGGAAAUGAUCCUGUUCCUAGAGAGUGACGAGUACAUCAAGGGAAUAUCUAGUGGGACGGGUGCGCAGGUAGUCGUCCAUCAGCAGGAGACCGUGCCAUUUCCUGAUGACGAGGGUAUGGCCAUAGCAGCCGGGACUCAGUCAAUUAUAAGUAUCAGACAGGUAAGUGGUGAUGUUGUGGGACCAUAGUUAUCAGACAAGUAAGUGGUGAUGGGGUGGGCCAAAGUUACCAGACAGGUAAGUGGUGAUGUGGUGGAACCAUAGUUAUCAGACAAGUAAGUGGUGAUGGGGUGGGCCAUAGUUACCAGACAGGUAAGUGGUGAUGUUGUGGAACCAUAGUUAUCAGACAGGUAAGUGGUUAUAAGGUGGAACCAUAGUUAUCAGACAGGUAUUUGUUUAUGGCGUGGAACACUAUGUUUAAGCUUUUAUUAUAAUAAUACUAAUAAUAAUAAUAAUAAUAAUAAUAAAGUUCAUUUAACACCCUUCAUCCUAAUUAAGGCUCGUUAAUGUCGUCGAGCGCAUCGGUGCUGUCUCGCCUUUGAUACCAAAAUGCAUCUAAUAGUUGCGCAAUACAUCUAAAGAACAUUAGUCUGAAAGUCGCAGGCAACCAGUUUUAAGUAUCAAAAAUGCUAAUGGGGUUGGGGGGGGGGUGGGGGUGUUGGUGGUCUCAAUGAGGGGUUGACCUUCUUUUUUUGAGACAGGAGCAACGAGCAUAUAUUAUACGUGUUCAACAAAAUAUUCAUGUGAGCCACAUUUCAAGUACCUGUAUAAUGGAAUUUUUUUUUUUUUUUUACACUGACUAUGAGACAUCUGCAUGUCUAUUAAGACUAAAUUUCAACAUAUAGCUGAGGGUAAGAGCUUCAAUAGAUCGAUUUGUAUACAUAAGCUUAUGAUGACUAUAAUCAGAGGCAAAUUUAACUAUGUACUGUAAUUGAUAAACAUAGCCAGUAUCAUGCUUCCACAUACAAUUUUGUAGCUGAACGUUACAGAAAUGACACAGACAUAAUAUGACACACUCUAGAGGUGUUCUAACCAUAAAUGUUUUGCAUGGCAGACUCAAGAGUUGUUCUAACCACAAAUGUCUUGUACGACAAACUUUAGAUGUGUUCUAAUCAUAAUUGUAUUGUAUGACAGACUCUAGCGUUGUUUUAAAUCAUAAAUUUAUUGUAUGACAGACUCUAGGGUUGUUCUUAACCAUAAAUGUAUUGUAUGACAGACUCUUAGAGUUGUUCUAACCAUAAAUUUAUUGUAUGACAGACUAUUGAGUUGUUCAUAUCAUCAUAAUGGCAGGUGGAGAUCGACAGACUCGGGGCGCCCCACGGAAUUUGUACAGACAUCAGAGACUUUAAGACGAAAUACGGUGUCAAAUACACGAGAUUGGUAACAUUACAUUGUCACAUACAUGCCCUGUUAAAUGUUACUAUACAUGUAAUUGUAAACUUGCACUGUCCUAUACAUGUAACAUUACAACGUCGCAUCGAUGUAACAUUAAUCUGUCCUGCUCAUUUAACAUUAUGGUGUCCAAUCCAUGUAACAUUACAGAACAACCAAAUAUAUACUGAAACAUGUUGUUGAAUAUGUUGUUGACACUUACUUCCUAGCAAAUUCCCUUGGUAUUUUUUUUUUUGGCUGCUAUUCUGUAGACGUAGCAACACAUACAACUACAGAUAACUUUCAACUUUGACAACACAUAUAAUUACAGAUAACUUACAACUGUGACAGAUCUGCCAGAAACCAUAUAUCCAUAAUGCCCACAGCCACAGAUCUGUCAGAAACUAUAUAUAUAUAAUGCCCACAGCCACAGAUCUGUCAGAAACUAUAUAUAUAUAAUGCCCACAUCCACAGAUCUGUCAGAAACUAUAUAUAUAUAUAAUGCCCACAUCCACAGAUCUGUCAGAAACUAUAUAUAUAUAUAAUGCCCACAUCCACAGAUCUGUCAGAAACUAUAUAUCCAUAGUGCCCACAUCCACAGAUCUGUCAGAAACUAUAUAUAUAUAAUGCCCACAUGCACAGAUCUGUCAGAAACUAUAUAUCCAUAGUGCCCACAUCCACAGAUCUGUCAGAAACUAUAUAUCCAUAGUGCCCACAUCCACAGAUCUGUCAGAAACUAUAUAUCCAUAGUGCCCACAUCCACAGAUCUGUCAGAAACUAUAUAUAUAUAAUGCCCACAUGCACAGAUCUGUCAGAAACUAUAUAUCCAUAGUGCCCACAUCCACAGAUCUGUCAGAAACUAUAUAUCCAUAGUGCCCACAUCCACAGAUCUGUCAGAAACUAUAUAUAUAUAUAAUGCCCACAUGCACAGAUCUGUCAGAAACUAUAUAUAUAUAAUGCCCACAUGCACAGAUCUGUCAGAAACUAUAUAUCCAUAGUGCCCACAUCCACAGAUCUGUCAGAAGACAUGUGAACAAAUACGAAUACGAGAGAAUUGUGCAUGUUAUGAGGAAAGCCUUAAUGAGGUCAACAGUCUACUCGGAGACGCUUUGGGUCUUCACUCUUGCAGGACUAAACAAGGUAAUGACAAACACGACAAAAGAUCAACAAGAGUGUCUUACAAGGGAGACUUAUUAAGAGUGUCUUACAAGGGAGACUUAUUAAGAGUGCCUUACAAGGGAGACAGCUAGAGGGUCACGUUAGCACAAAACUGUUUAAGGCAAUAGGUAAUACUGACCUGUUUAACCGCGCGGUAAUGUCAGGGUAGUUUCGAGCUUCAAAGGGUAGUUUGGUCAAUGGGUGGGGUGGGGUGGGGGGUGGAUAACGUACUGGUAACGUAAAGAAAUGUACAAGCUGUGGUUCUCCGAUGUGUUGAAGUUUGUCAUUCUUAUUCCAUCAGCUUACGGUGUUAACAAAAAACGUACGGUAUCUUGUUACUGAAAACACCCCAAUUAUUUAUUUCUAAUUGAAAAUAAACCACAGACACGAAAAGAAGAACAGAAAACCUAGUUUUGUUAGGCUCGUCGUAGUGCCGUAGUCUUAGGCUCGUCGUAGUGCCGUAGUCUUAGGCUCUUCGUAGUGCCGUAGUCUUGGGCUCGUCGUAGUGCCGUAGUCUUAGGCUCGUCGUAGUGCCGUAGUCUUAGGCUUAAAAAACGUAGCUACUACGGCGAAAACGUAGGGGUGAACAGGUCUGUUAAUAUGAUUUGGGUUUUGAGUUUUCAGAUCUUUCACUAAUGGGCAUUCUUUUAGUUUUCUAAACUUUAAUUACCAGAUGAUAUGAAUAAUAAAACGACAUACUUAAAAACAAAUAGAAAAAUAUUGUCCAUUUUGAUGUAGUAUUGAUUUCGCUGAUUGUGCAGAGGUGGCAAUCUUACCAACAAAAUUAGUUUGUUUUUAAAACUACAAACACAUCCUUUUUUUUUUUUUUUUUUUUUUUUUUUUUUAGAACGAAAGUUUUUUAAAUUGAUGGAGUUUCAGUUUGGAGCCAACAUUUCAAAGCUUUGUUAAUGUGACAGUCCAUGCAGGUAACUAUUUGUUUUUUUUUAAUUUUUAUUUAUCUUCUUUUUUUUUUUUUUUUUUUUUCUUUUUUUUUAGAACGAAAGUGUGUUAAAUUGAUGGAGCUUCAGUUCGGAGCCAACAUUUCAAAGCUUUGUGAAUGUGACAGUCCAUGCAGGUAACUUCACCUACUCCACUCCACUCUACGCUACUCUACUCCACUCCACUCUACGCAACUCUACAAAGAUCGAUGGAUACAUACUAUAACUAUGGACAUUAAAAUAAUGCAAAUUUGAACGUGGAUUUAACGGUUGUCUUCUGAUAAAACAUCAGCCAGGUGUCUCCUCUUUUAUCUGAUAUAGACUUAUAUAUAUAAUAUAUUAAACUAUUGUUUCUUUUGUCUGCCAGCGAGAAGAAAUAUGAGAAGACACUAACACUUCGUGACUGGCCGAGUCCGUCCUUCGCUGUGAGUCAUUUUUAAGGGAAUAGUUAAAAACAAUUGAAAAACUUAACUACAGCUAGACUUUGGAAUAAUGUACAGCUAGACUUGGGAAUAAUCUAUAGCUAGCUUUAGGAAUAAUCUUCAGCUAGACUUGGGAAUCAUCUACAGCUAGUGGGAAUAAUCUACAGCUAGACUUGGGAAUAAUCUACAGCUAGACUUGGGAAUAAUCUACAGCUAGACUUGGGAAUAAUCUACAGCUAGACUUGGGAAUAAUCUACAGCUAGACUUGGGAAUAAUCUACAGCUAGACUUGGGAAUAAUCUACAGCCAAACUUGGGAAUAAUCAACAGCUUGACUUGGGAAUAAUCUACAGCUUGACUUGGGAAUAAUCUACAGCUAGACUUGGGAAUAAUCUAACACCACAUUUUAAAACCCUAAAAAGUCACAAAGUUUAAGAAGAACAACGGUUCAUCCAAUCAAAUAAAUCCUACAUAAAUUCAAUUUUUUAAAAAUAAAAAUGCCAUGUUACGUAAUGGGGAUCAUUUAUUGUUCACUAAUUCGUGUUUUUUUUGUUUGGUAUCAUCUUAAAAUACAAACCUAUUUCAAAAUAGGCCAACAGCCUUAAUUGUCACCAUUUGUUGUAAUUUAAAACAAAACCAAUACGAUUAUUUUAAAUCAACGAGUUAGCUCCCUCUUAUCUUUGAGGACACAUUCUUAGACGCGUUUGUUUGUUUCAGAGACUAAUUGUGGAAACAAUUUGUAAAGACAAGCACGGGGAGAUUUGUCAACGGUUGAGAGAUAAAACUACAACUGAUCUAGCGUAAGUUGAUGUAAAUAUUGUCCUAAAGACGAAUGUGUUCUUAAAUUAUUAUUAUUAUUUAUUUAUUUUUUUAAUGCAACACACGAACAGUCAAUAAUAAAUCGGCUGACUGUCGAUUUAAGUCAAGAACCAUUACCCCUGGAACAAAAUUCGGCUUUAAUUUUUGCAGUAGCAGUCCUUGUUAGGACUUUAUGAAUGCCUGCUGAAAACGUGUUUUAAGAAAAUUCAAUGUGUUCAAAUACUACUUUAGUACAAUUGGUACCGUGUUUAAUCCUGGUUUUACAAACAGGGCGUAUGUGUCAGAAAUCAGGCAUUAAAUAGUGUGUUCGAUGAGUGUGUAUAGGCCACGUGAUAUCCACCAUUGCAAGAAUUAGACUGUGAGUGGUUUCAGAAAUAUACUAUAAAAAAAUUAAUUAUGAAACAAAAAAAUAAGCCAAAAGAAAACAAAUAUGGCUACCUGCUCAUCUGAAAACUGAACAUUUACAUUUAGUAGAAAAAUAAAGCCAUAGAUUUUAAUAUUUAGUUAGAUUUUUUAAAAAAAAAUUUCAUUACAAAUGUCAGUUAAAACGUAUAUGAUAGUGAGUAAGCUUCUCAGCUGAUUGGCAUCGCUUAUUUACAAUAGGCUUUCCCUGCAUACUGUUCUGUCAAUAGACAUUCCACACACAGUGUUCUGUCAAUAGACAUUACAUACACAAUGUUCUGUCAAUAGACAUUACAUACACAACAUACACAACGAUGAUUUCAAGUGUUCUAAACCUCCACACACACAAAAAUUGAAUUAAACAUUUAACAUUAAUAGAAUUUUUUUUAUGGCGUCUAUUUUUAGCCGUGAAUUUAUCAAACUGAACAUUUACUACGAGGAUCUCAACUAUGAACACUUAUCUGAACAGGCUGAUUAUGAGGUAAUUAAUUGCUAUAUUUAUUUCAACAUUUCCAAGCGCUUUUGAUAAAACUAUGAGGCUUACUUUUGGGGGUCGUCCAUUAACCAAGUCAACAAAAUAGGGGGGGGGGUUUGGAAAUGUUUGAGAAUUGUUGAAAAAGGGGGGGGGGUGGGGUUAGGUUAGUUAACGUCAACAAUCAUGUUUUUUUUUCGAUUAAAAUUUUUAUCCUAAUAGUUGACUGGUUAUUUCAUUAUUUUAAAAAAAAAAGGGGGGGUUUGGAAAUGUUUGAGAAUUGUUGAAAAAGGGGGGGGGGUGGUGUUAGGUUAGUUAACGUCAACACUCAUGUUUUUUUUUCGAUUAAAAUUUGUAUCCUAAUAGUUGACUGGUUAUUUCAUUAUUUUAAAAAAAAAAAUAAUUAGUGCAAAUUAAAGUUAAAUAGGUAUAUAAUUUUUUAGCUAUUUUAAAAUUUUAACUUGUUGAUUAACAAGCUAAAGAAGCAAAAACAAAUUAUUUUCCCUACAACUUUGUGUUAUAAAAUAGAUCAGCAUAAAGUAAAAUGUAUUUAUAUUUUUAUUGAUAUUAUAACUCAAUUUUUUUAUUUUGGUGCGGUGGGUGUAUAUAAUUAUUAACAUAAUUACUUGUGGUGGGGGGGGGGGGUAUUGAAAGUUUGACUUGUCUUUCGAGGUGGGUUUUAUUGCGGGGUGGGGGGAUGACUGAAAAUGAAAUGUAACCCUAAAAGCUAUUUAAAGUAAUGCAGACAGUUCUUACAAAACUUUCCUAAACUAAAGAAAUAGUAUUGAACUCAGCUAAAAUUGUAGAUUUAUAACAUUUAUAACUAGACUGGAACAAAUUAAGUUCCCUUUAUAACUAGAAUGGAACAAAUGAAGUUCCCUUCUAAAUACGUUUAAAAUGUUUUUGAUUAUAUUUCUACUUCUUGUUUUGUCCAGCUGUCCCAGUUUAUGUCUGACAUCGGAGGAACCAUUGGACUUUGGAUUGGACUGUCAGUGCUUAGCAUGUUUGAGUUGCUUCAGCUUUUCCUUGACCUCUUGACCUACGUCACGUGUCACCAGUGGCUGAAGCGAAGAACGAAACAUUACGCUAUUCACCAGACGUAAAGAUAAAUUUCAUGCAUAUUAAAAAGGGAUGUGAC